CAUGUCGUUAAUUCAAAUAUUGAUCCCGGUUCCAGCCGCUUUUCCUGCUGUGUUUAUUUCCCGUUUCGCUACAAACAUUGGAGAAAUGACCGAUAAUUGUAGAUUUAGAACGUCGCUGACGUUUGAGGUACUUUUGUAUGUAAAUUCCUACUAUUUCGGGCUGUUUGCCGUUUGCGAAAUUGGCAUGAAUGUGGUCAAGUAUGUGAAUUUCACCGAAUUGCACCAUUUCCACAUUGACUUUAUGGUGCUGAUGGCCGUUUGCAUCAUUGAAAUCCUUCGCAUUGCCUUGGGCAGACAUGGCAAUGUCACCGAAAACAACUGGCUGAUAGUCACUGCCAUUCUGCUCACAAUCCCCACCGUUAUUGGGGUGCUCUAUUUGAUGAUCCUCCAAAGCGAAGUGCUGCGUUUCGAGUACAUUAUUUGUUCCAUCCAGCUGGGGUUGUGCGUUACCCAGAUUAUCACUGGGGUACUUUGUCUUUUUCCCUGCUGCAAAGUACCCGAGUAUUAUUAAGAGAUUCUGUUACUUAUUAAUAAAAUUAAAGUUGA